UUUUCUUCUUCUUCUUUUUUUUUUUUAAUUUUUUGAUGGGUUUUUGUGGUUGUUUGUAAUCGAAUAUAAUCAGAUGAUCAGAGUUUCUUCUCUGAAAAAGGAGCUUUUGUUUUCUGCUAUCUUGGUUAUAAUAAUUAAAAUCUUUUGUUUUUUUUUAGAUUAUUGGUUUUUUUUGGUUGUGGAUUUAAAUUCUGCUUUGUAGGGUUUUGGAAACUGAUGGAGCUUAUUUUGCUUGAUUGGAUCUCCGAUAGAUUUUCUUUUUUAGUUAUGUCUUAGAUGAUUUGUUUCGUUUUAAUUCACUGCCAGUUUUGUUUUUACCCUGAUAAUCUUUGGUGUUCUAUACCUAUUUGGACUUGUUCUUUGUCUCUCCUGGGCCAUCGCUUGAUCGUUUAGAAUUAGAUUGAGAAAUUGUUACUGGAUACUAUAAAAUGGGUUUGCUUUAUCUGAUAGUAAAUCGAAACUCUCCCUUUCUUUGUAUGCUUUUCUUAUGCCUGUUUGACUUUCAGUUUUCAUCUUGAAUGAACUGAGAAGAGCAUAGAUCUAUUUGCUUUACGUUUAUGGUUUGCCUGCAGGUUGAUCGUUUACUGAAAGACUGUCAGAAAUUGUCUGAUCUUCAUUGCCUAGCUGAGCACAGUUGUAAACCUGGUUUUGAAUUAAUAUUGUCGAGGUGUGAUUGAGAAGCUACUUAAGAGAUAUUUUGGAGGAACUUAUAUUGAUUCAUUUGUCUGGUAAGGCAUCAAGAAGGGUAAUACAGUGGCAGAAUCUGGAGGCAUGCCUGUAUCAGGAAACGAGGAGACUGCUGUUAAAUCCCUUGGUGGGCAGUCUAGUCUUAAUAUUGCAGGUGUUCCUAUGAAGAAAAGGAGAUUCAUUUGGCCUCCUUCACCUACCCCUGAAGAACAAUCUUCACUUCCUGUAGAAAAUGAUUCUCUAGAGAAAGAACGUAUUGGCCCAUCUCGGGAUUCUGAAUUUGUAAAUACUAGUGUUGCAGCAAGUUCUUCUGUCUUAUCUGAUUCGAACAAGAAUCUUGUUCCUGAGGAAAAUAAGAAACCUGCCGAGAAUAAUUUUCUGACAAAUAAUAUUAACCUCUCAAGAUAUAGAAUUGAAGAACCAAGCGCGGCUCUGUCCGAUUCUUUGGCUAAGUUUGAUGAUGACGAGAUGCUUGUGGCAGCAGAAAAAUCGGCUAACAUUAUGACUGGGGUUAAACCCCUUGGUGGUGUUCCUGUGAAGAAAAGGAGGUUCAUUCUUCCUCCUUCACCUGCACGUGAUGUUCAAACUUUACCUGCUGUGGGAAAUGAUUCUCUACAGAAGGAACAUGGUAACUUGUCUCAGGAGUCAGCUCCUUCAAGUGCUUGUGUUGCAGGAAGUUCUUGCUUAUCUGAUGAAAACAAGAAUUUUUUGCCCGAGGAUAAUAAGAUGGUUCCUGAAAGCAUUAUGCUGAACAAUACUAUAAACCACUCAAGAGUUAAAAUUGAAGAACCACACCAUACAAUGCAUCCAGAUUCUUUGGCCAAGCUUGACGACGCGGAGAAGCUUGUUGCAGCAGAAAAAUCCACUAAUAUCCUGGUAAAAUCAGCAGAAACUGAAUUGAAUUUAGUGCCAAAUACAGCCCCUGCGUUUUAUGUUAAUAAAGAGAUAUUUAACCAUCAAAUAGCAGAAGGAAAGUGCAAAGAGAAAUCUACAGUUUCUGGGAAUCCUGAAUUUUCAUUAGGAUUGAAGGAUUACCAUCGCUAUGCUUUGGAGGGUCAAAGUCAUGAUGAGAAUAGUUGUAAUCAUGGAAAUGUAGAACCUGUUUCGUUGAAUUUGUCUUUAAGCAACAGUGAAAGGAGUACCCAGUAUAAAAUGGAUGAUGUGCAGUCGAAUACUGACAGUGCUAAUAUCUGUGCUGACAGAUCAAAUUGGGAUUUGAAUACUACAAUGGAUACUUGGGAAGAUUCUGUGAGUGAUAUAGCUGUAGGUCAAGUAACUGCUGAGGGAUCAGGGUCACACAUGGUUGGUGUCUUACGUGAUUUAGAGCCAUCAAAAUUAACAGGAAUAGUUGGAACCGGUGUUUCUACUGAAAAGCAAAUUAUUGAGAGUGAGUGCAGAUCUAGUUGUUCUAAAAUAUCUUCACAAUCUGGCCAACAGCAUAAUUCUGAGGAUUCUCUUCAUUUGCGCCUUAUUCCAUCUUUUCUUUCUUUUAGCAGUCAGAAACCUUCUAGUUCAUGCGCUAACAAAGACUCCCAGACUGCUAUUCCUAAUAUUAGCUUCCCUAGAGGAUUGUUAUCAGCAGGCAACACGGUUAACUCUAGAACCAUAAAAUCUGAACCAUUUGAUGAUAAUAGCCUCAAACAGGAUUCUAGCGGUACUAAAGCCAAUCCAACAGUACCAUUAGGUUUUAGACCAGUGUCAGUGAAGUGUGAAUUAGUUGAGAAGCUUGCUCAAGAUCCCCUCAAGGCAUUAAAUUUUAGCACUGUGAAACCAGUUGAUGCUAAAUCUAUGAAAUCUGAACCAUUUCAUGAGGGUAAUUCAGAAACUCCAAAGACAGUAGAUGGGACGUCACACCAAUCUGAUAAGCAGGUGCUACAUGGUGAGGAUACCGGAGGACAAUCCACUUGUUCAACAAAUGAACAUAUUCUACAAGGUCAGGACAUAACAGGACAACCUACUUGUUCAACAAAUAAACAUGCACUGCAAGUUCAGGAUACUGGAGGACAACCUACUUCUUCAAUGCAUGAACAGGUGCUGCAAGGUCACAGUAACAUAACAAAACCUACUUGUUCGAUAGGUUUCUCUGAGAAUGGCAAUGUGUCAGACAAUUUAGGACGUAGCGAAGGUGAUGGAGAAGCCCUUUUCAACAACAAGGCUCCUAAGGAAUCAUGUGAAAGUGUUGGGCAGCUUGCUCUAGAAAUGGGUUCUCUGCCUGUAAGUCACAGUGGUGACGAAAUUAAUGAUUCUGGUGCAGUGGAUGUUGCUGUUGCUGAGAAGAAAAAAGUAAAUGACUUUGACCAGUGCAAACUCAAAGUCAUGAAUGAACUUCCCUCUGAUCCAUACCGAAAUGGUGAGGGUGCUGUAAGUGAUGAGGAAAAGAUUAAUUUGUCAGGUGAUAUGUUAGAAGAAGACUUGUACGGCACUGAAUAUGAGUCUGAUGGCAAUUCUGUGCCCAUGGAUAUAGAAGAAGACAGUCGAGUACAGGAUGACUAUGAAGAUGGUGAGGUUAGGGAACCACAACUGCAUGGUGUUGUAGAGAGUGCUAUAUGUGAGGAAAGAAAAGACUUUAGUCAUAGUGAUUCUGAUGGUAAAAAGGUGGAUUCUGCGGAGCUACAUGCUGAUGUUCAUCCUACUUCAUCCUAUGUUGAAGGAAAGAAAACUAAUGGAGAGGAACCUGUCGAGAUCAGUAAAGAUAGUGUUGAAGGAUGUACUGUCAUAAUUCUUGAUGGGAAACCCAUUGAUGUUGUUAAUAAAGAGGUUUCUGGGAAUGAACCAUCAGCAGUUGAGAUCUCGGUCAGUGGAGCUGAUAAAAGGAAGGUAGUGAAGCCCAUCAGAAGAAAAUCACUCGACUUAUCAGCAAAUAAGGAUGUGAUGAAGGGCCUUGGAACUGAACAAUCAUUAGAUCAAGCUAGUAGUGGAGGCCAAGGAACUUUGGUUGCUGUUGCUCAAGGAACAGAUGAGAAUGUCAAGACAAAUGAUGUGGAAAAAAAUGAUUCAGCAUUACCCAAGGUGGAAACAUCUGUAAAUGCUGAUGAUGCAACUAAGGAUGCCAAUGGUGGAGCUAACCAGAGUAGGAUUAUAAACCUGUCUAUAGCUUCUAACAUGUCUUCUGCAGGUAAGAUGAGAUACAUAUCGGACAAGCCAUUCUCAUCUCUUCCUGGAAGAGAAAGAUUACCUGAUAUACCUUUAGAGGGAGACAAACUACAUCCUCGAGGGAGGGAUGAAACUAAUGAGGAUUCCCGCAAGUUCUCAAGAGAAAGGUAUCAAGAUCAGUCAUCGAGAUACUCUAGAUGGAAUUAUGUCCAUGGUAGAGGGAGGCUUGCUAGUAGGAUUGACUCUAUGCGUAGUGAUAGAGAUUCUGAACGAGAUUGCAUUCCCAGGCAUAAAUAUGCAUCUGCUGUUGCUGGGUCAGAAGCUGAAUUCAUGAAUUAUAAUAUUGGACCAGAUGGUGCAUUUGUUGGUUCUGUUCGGGGAGGGAGAAAGCUAUUGGAAGAUGAGACAUCAAUUUUCCGUCAUCUAUCCUCAAGGAGGCGUUCCCCUGGAGGGAGAGAUGGACCUGCAUCACGUGGGCUUCCAAUGGUUCGAAGGGUUCCAAGAAGCAUUGGUGAAGACAAUUCUGAAGUUGUUGGACUAAGGCACGCUGAGAAGAUUAUGAGGGGAUUUCAUGAUGAUGGUGAACAACAUGCAUAUGCACGUCCGCAACCUCCCUACGAGGGAUUAGAUGGUCGCUUUGUACAAGGGUCUAGGAACUUUUCUUCUGUUCAGAGAAGGGGUCUUCCUCAAAUGCAUUCAAAAUCUCCAAUUAGAUCUCGUUCUCCUGGUCCAUGGUCAUCUUCUAGGAGAAGAUCUCCAGAUGGGUUUGGUGGCCAUCCAGAAAUGCCCCACCGAAGAUCACCAAUUUACAGGAUGGAGAGGAUAAGAUCACCUGAUAACCCAGGAUUUCCUGCAGAGAGGGUGCCUAGGAGGCAUGGUUCCCCAUCGUAUUUGUCUCGACCUAAUGAUUUAAGGGAAAUGGAUCCUGGUCGGGAUCAUGGUCAUCCAAGAUCUAUAAUCUCUAAUAGGAGCCCAACUGGCCGGGUUUUUCUCAGAAACAGUAGGAGAUUCGGUGUUGCUGAUCCUAGAGAAAUGACAGAGAAUGACGAGUUUUAUGAGGGACCCAUGCAUCCUGGCCGGUUUCAUGAGCUUGGUGACGAUGGGAAUGGUGAAGAGAGAAGGUUUGGUGAGAGACGAGCUCCUGUCCGUGCAUUUAGGCCUCAUUUUAAUGGUGCUGAUGGUGAAAAUUUUCCUCUCGAUACAGAGGAUGGCCCUAGGUCCUUUAGGUUCUUCCCUGAAGAUGAUCCGAACUUUCAUGAACGAACUAAUUUGAGGGGAAGGGAAUUUGACAGACGGAUCAAGAACCGUCCAGGAAAUGCACCUAGAAGACCAAGAAGCAUUGAAGAACAGGAAGGAAAUUACGGGCACGGAGGGCAGGUGUUGUAUGACGAUAAUUUUGAUGAUAUGUCACGAGUGAAGAGAAAAAGAUUUUGACUGAUUAAUUUACAUCUGCAAUAAGCUAGAUCCUGGACUGCUUAUUGGAUAUGAGGAACUGGAAGGCAAAUUUAGGUCUGGUAAUUACAGCUGGAUAUAAUAGCAAGUUGCUGUUCUGUUUAUGGUUCUCAGCCAAUUUGUGAGUGUGAUAUGGAUGCUAGGUUGAUUGAAGACCAAAUACUACCAGAUACUUGCAACUACUAGAUUAUGGAUCUGUCUUGUACAUACGUUGGAUCUUUUCGUAACUUUUCUACCAGUUCCUUAUUUGCUAAUUCUCGAUGUUAGCAGCACUUCAUCAAAAGUUUCAUUUGAGCAAGUUUUGUACUGUCAUAAUUAUGGUGGCACUUUAUAUAUUUUAUGGGUCAUUUUGGUGAAA